AUGAUAAUAAGGCCAGUAGUACGGUCCCUCCAGGGACGGGCGCCUCUUGCGACCCUCCGGUCCGCCCAGAGCGUCUUCCAGCCGUUGCCCCAGCUCCGGCGCAAUGCUUCCGUGACCACAGGUCCCGAUGCCGCCUCCAAGGCGAGCACCACACCGAUCGCCCGGAUCACGACGACCACCGAGGCCCCCAAGGACCAGAAGAAAGCCAAGGCCGCCGCUGCCGCCGCCGCGGAACCCGAGGAGCAGGAGGUGAUCAUGUCCCGUAUGCCCCGCUCCCUCGAGGCCCUCUACCUCCAGCCGCUUCGUCGCGAAGCCGAGUAUGGCGUUCCCUCGUGCGACCUCCAGCUCCGGUCCUAUUCGAUCCGCAACCUCGAGUUCUUCUGCGACUUCGCCCUUCGCGCCGCCUACUACCUCGGCCUGCCUGCCUUCGGCCCCGUUCCCCUGCCGCGUAUGAUCGAACGCUGGACCGUGCCCAAGUCGCAUUUCAUUUUCAAGAAGUCGCAGGAAAACUUUGAGCGUGUCACACUCAGAAGACUGAUCCAGAUUAAGGACGGCCACCCGGAGACGGUGCAGCUGUGGUUGGCCUUCUUGCAGAAGCAUGCCUACUAUGGUAUCGGUAUGAAGGCCAACGUUUGGGAGUUCAGCAAGCUUGGUGUCAGCAAGGCCAUGGACGAGAGCAAGAGCGAGGUGGAGAAACUUCUGGAGACCAGGUGGGAACACCUCAGCCAUGUCAGCGACAUGAAGGGUGUCGGCAACUUCGAGGACUUCCUUGCCAAGGAGAGACUCCGGAUUUCGGGUGGACGCUAAGCGGAUACACCAACUGCUGGUCCCGUCUCAAGCCCUUUAAGCCUGGGUGGUUGUUCUUGUUGUCUGUCUCUCUCUGGUCAGGUUUGUCCCUUUUGUCUUCAGCAUAUGGCCCGUCCUUUGUGUAUAGAUACUGUAGCAUAAGAAAUGUAUAGUACAGAUCAGGAGACGAUCAUGGCUCGACUGUGCUGUGCACGAGAAAGACUAGACGGAAAUUGCCACUGGAGGAGAUCGAUGCGAGGAAGCACCAUGGGAACGACGGCCAGAUU